AGGCUCCAGGGCAUUGCCAAGCAGACGGCAAGCACGGCUGUCUCGCAGGCGCCGGGACCGCCCGCACACCUUCCGGCAUGACGCGCGCGGGCUCCCGCAGAGGCAGCGCGGACUUGACGGCUCGCUUGCUGCGCAAGACGCGCCUGUGCGUCCACUAUGCGAAGGGGCACUGCGCCCGCGGGGAGGACUGCGGCUUUGCGCACGGGAGCGGCGACGUGCGCACGGCGCCAGACUUCUCGCACACGCGGCCGUGCAGGAGCUUCGCGAGGGCCAGGAGGUGCAGGCAGGGCGACGCGUGCAGGUUCGCCCACGACCCGGGCAAGAUGCUGCCCUGGAAGUGCAGCGGGGCGGCGCGCGACGAGCCCGGCCCGCCGUGCGACGCCGAGGGGCGCGCGCGGGCGCGCGGCGGCCCGCCGGGGGCCGCGCAGGGCGAGGGGCAGCCGCGCACGCCCGGCCUGGUCUCCUGGGCCCUCGAGGGCCGCUUGGUGACCGCCGUCCCGGCCCCACGCCUGCGGGAGGUACCCGCGCUCCGUGGGCGGGAAUGGGAGUUGCCGUCGCAGCUGAAGGUCACCGUCAAGCGCACGUUCCUCCAAUUCUUCGAGGCUGAGGAGGAGGGGGACACGAUCGGCUGCUGCCGCCGAUGCUCUUCGGCACCGCCCGUGGUCUGGACGGACUAGGUUCUCCGGGCCCAGUGGCGCCGUGCACUGCCCGCCGCGGUCCAGGCACAGCGCCCGGUACCACACUUCAGUCGGGCUCGUCCCUCUACAGAGGAUAUAUAUAAAAUUAUAUGUAUAAGUCUGAUAGUCUGGAGACGAUGUGUUUCGAGUAUCUCUUGGUAAGUUAUGCUUGGAGCAUGGUUCGGCUAUUUUUUCCUUCCGGAAUCCGCCUGUAGGAGCACACGCCCGACCGAACGGUACGACGGAGGUCAGGCUGUCCACCUUUGUUGCCCGUGGCUGCCUCCCUCGCGGGCUGCCAGCUCGCAGCGCCCAGACGGGGAUUGCCGUGCGUUCUACAGGAUACAGUUGCCUCGCUGCUCUCUCUCUUGUCCCCCCAUUGCCACUCCUGCAUCCGAGGUUUUCUCCGUUCCCCCCCGCCCCUGUCAUCGUUCCCCCCGCCCCUCGAGAACACUGGAACCUGCUGGGGCAGCAGCUGGCUUCGAACCAGCGCUGGCUCGGAGACCUCAGCUUGCGCCGGCCAACCCGCUGUCCUAGCGCUCCGCUUCAGUUGAUAUGAACCAGCUCUGCACCUGCCGACACCCUUCGUCAACAUCAUCCUCCCAAUCCCUAAGGUUACGAGCCUUCCCGAAGGGCCUCGCUACUUCCUCUUUCAUCCUCAUCCCUACUGUCACAAACCUUCUCCGGCCACCGCUUCCGUGGUAAACCUACCCCAGUUGAAAACGCGUUGGGAUUUGCUACUGCCGUGCUGGCCGAAGACACUCGCCGCGCUAUUGCCAAGGCGCCAUCGCAGUUCACAAAUCUUGUGCACUCGUUGGGACUGGUGUCCUCGUCCACCCUUUGUCAUCCUCACUGCUGCCGGUCACAGCCCCAGCUUACUAUUCUUUUUGUCUGGGUCCGCACGUUUGCUUGGCGCACACGUCCCGACCUGGUGGAUGCCCUUUUUCAGGCGCCCCAAAGCCAUAUUGCUUCAAGUCUUCUCUCGGGAGGUGCUUGAAGGGCCGCGGCGCGUCCCAGCCACGACUACGGCCCCCUGGUGGGUCCGACGCCUCGGCAUGCCGCAUGCCUCUUCAUGCAGCUGCACCUGCAGCCCUGGCGGGUGUUUCUGCACCAGCGGAGUUUGCUGGAGCGGAACCGGCACUCCCUGCGCGCAGGGACGCAUGUCGAUCUGUUUGUGUCGAUCGCAAGCAGCUGGUGCGAAUGCUCCGUCUUGCUGUCAAGGGGUGAAACGCCACCCCGACCGGACAAUUGGCGUUUACUGAGAGACCAUUUCUUUAUUGUUUGGGGCAUGACGGGCGUCAUGGCCCCCGCCCCCCCCCCCCCCUAUGACGUAACGCUCCCCCCCCCAGUGCUCUCCG